CUCCAUCACCACAUUUCCUGUUUGUAACUGAACAAAGUACACACAAAAGAUUUGAAGAAACAGAAGAGAAAAAAAAUUUGAGGCACUGAUAAAGAUAAGUUUUGCUGCCAUGCUGCUUCUAACAUAACAAGGCAACAUUAAUCAGAAGUUUUUGGAAGCAUUUUUAAUCCAUAGAUUUGCCUUAUGGCUACAUGAGGACUUUUCUGAAAAAAAGAAGCAUGUCGGGAAAUUCUGCAUGCCCCUUUUAUCUCUGGGGACUUCUAGCCGCCUUGGGUCUGGCUCUGGUCAUAUCACUGAUCUUCAACAUUUCCCACUGUGUGCAAAAGCAGCGACAAGAUAAAAUGUACAGGUACUCCGAUGACUACAUUCCCAGGGUUGAUGAGUAUUACAAUGAAGACAUACCAAUUUAUGGUAAUUUAGAGGACAUGACUUCAGAACCAAUGGAUGAAAAUUGCUAUGAACAAAUGAAAGCCCGACCAGAGAGAUCUGUAAAUGAGAUGCAAGAAGCCACCCCAUCUGCACAGGCAAUUGGUGAAACACAGAUGUUCUACGCCUCUCUUGAUCACAGCUUUAAGGGGAAGCGGAGAAAGCCCAGGAAACAGAAUACUCACUUGUCAGACAAGGAUGAAGAUAUGCAGCUACACGCAAUGGAUGCCAGCAUUUCUAAGACCACUUCAGUCAACAGUUUCUCACCAGAAAUCCAGGCAAUAGAGGAAAACAUUCAUGAUGAUCCCAUCAGACUGUUUGGAUUGAUUCAUGCUAACAAAGAACCUUUACACUAGCUGGACUAUGAUCUAGAGCAAUGAUUUUGGCUCUUGUUUGAAACGGUUGUUAGAAAAGAGGAUUCCCACAUGACACAGAAUGACCUGGCAGGGUGAUGAUCCAGUCACUUUGCCUCUUAUUCAGAGCUUACACUCAUGUACAGCAAAUGUAAUGUCAUGAAAAUUAGUUAUUUCAAUUCACUUAAAAGUGCUUAAAUAGUAAAAUGUAAAAUAAAAUCCAGUUUGCAAAUGAGCCUGACAACAAUGUUACAACAUCACAAUAAUACCUAAUAGGGAAAUAAAAAUUUUUUAAGCGUAUGUGUUUUGGAACAUGAUGAAAGAAAAAAGCCAAUGAGUGACUUAAAAAAAAUUAUCUCCUUUCUCAUCAAUGUGAAACAGUCCACAAUUGGAAGAAAUUUCUGAUUAAAAAAUAUAGGAGACAUUAAAGUAUAUUACUAGGUGGUAUAAGCUUCUUAGGAGAUAUUUUUCCCAAAUGGAGAUAGUUUCACUAGUUCAAAAAUUAUUGUAAAACUAAUGCAUGCUCCUUGUAAUAAUAAACAAAUAUCAAAAAGAAUUUUAGAAAUUCCACUUACCAAAGAUAUAUGACCAUGAGAAACUUUCUAUAUGGCCUUCUAGACAUUUUUCUGGGCAUGUCCAUGUACACAUCAGGUGUUUAUUUUUAAACAAAAAUAGGAUUUUAUACAUAUUAUUUAAACUUUCUUUACCUAGCAAUAUACUGUGGAUUUAUUUCCACUGUUACAGUUAACUAUAUCUAAAUAUCAUUAUAUAUCAUAAUUUUAAUAAUGUUUAAUAUCCCAUUGAUGAUUAUAUCAGAAUUUAUUUAAAUAAUUUUCAAUGACAUUGAGCUUGUUUCUAACGUCUGUGUUUUGCUUUUAUAAAUAAUAUGGUAAUGGGAAUUUUUCUCCACAUAUCUGGAUACUUGUUUAAUUUCUUCUUUUGGCUAAAUGCCUAGAAAAGGAAUUGCUAUAUUAAAAGGUAUUCUUAUUAUGAGUUUUCCUUAGGAUAAAUUUCUGAAAAGUCAAGAGGUGGGCCAAAAUGUGCAUCCAUAUUUAAAUUAUGAUAAAUGUUCCUAAGUUUUCCUCCAAAAAGUUAUUUUUUAAAAAAACUUUGUUAUAUUUCUCCAGUGAGAAAGGGUGAUCAGUUAGGGUUUAUGAUAAAUAUCUUUAAUUUAUCACAGUCUAUGUCCAAAUGAUAUGUCAUUUUGAUAUAGUACAGUACCUUAAAACAGUGUAUUUCUAUUUCUUCCUUUCUGGCCUACUGCUAUGGAUUUUAUAUAUUUUAUACAUUGUUAUUUUUCCUCUUAAUGACCAUUUUUAAAAAGAUUAAAAUAAUAAACAUUAUCUUGAUAUGUAUCCAUGUAGUCAAAACGUCUAGAACUCUCCAAUCUUUUGUGUAGACUCAGGUUCUGUUCUAGUAUUAUUCUUCAGCUUAAAGGACUUCCUUUUAACAUUUAUUGUACUUCAGGUCAACUGGUGAUGAAUUCUCUUAGCUUUCGUGUGUCUGAAAAAGUCUAUUUUCAUCUCUGAAAGAUAUUUUUGCUAGGUAAAAAAAUGUCAAGGUUGAGUUGACAAUGUUUUUUUCAGUAAUUUGAACAUAUUACUUCACUGUCUCCUCACUUACAUUGUUUCUGAUGAAAAAGCUACUGUAGUACUUGCCUUUAUCCCUCUGUAUGUUAUAUAUUAUUUUUCUGAGAUUUUCCAUAUCACUGUUUUUAAUUUGAUUGUAAUAUGCAUUGGCAUGUUUUUU